AAGCGCGGGGACGGUGCGGCUCGCGGCGCACAGCUCGCGAGGAGGCGCUCCGGUGAAGUUGGUCCUCGCUGUCGGAGGCGGAACAGACCGGAGGGACGCAGCGGAGACACCGGAUCCUUCACAGCUCCUCGACAUGAAAUCGGUGUCGAGUCGAGAGGCUUUUAGUUAAAAAAUAAAUAAAAUAAAGUUUCCACCCGUGGCAGAGAAGAGGCGAUUUUUUUUUUCUUCUUCUUCUUUUUUCUUCUCUAUCGGACCGUCGUGCUCGGGCAGCUGCUCUUUCAAUGUGGGAUACAGUUUUGGUGCUUUCGCCAGGCUGAAAUCCUCCAGGGUCAGGACCUCCCUCAUGGCAGCCGUGCUCCUCGGGCUGCUGCUCUUUGCGAUGCAGUCUCCCCCCGUCCCCUCCAGGCCCCCUCCUCCCCCACCCGCCUCGUCGCCCACCGACAACGGGACCGUCGGCCACCCGAACGGCACCCUCCAACAGUUCCCUCAUAUCAUAAUCAUCGGCGUGAGGAAGGGGGGGACGCGGGCGCUGAUAGAGAUGCUCAGUCUGCACAGCUCGGUGGCGGCGGCUCAGAACGAGGUGCACUUCUUCGACUGGGAGACCCACUUCCAGAGGGGCUUGCCCUGGUAUCUCAGCCAGAUGCCCUACGCCUUCCCCGACCAGCGCACCGUAGAGAAGACGCCGGCCUACUUCACCUCCAGCAAGGUACCCAAACGAAUCCACCAGGUGAGCCCCGACACCAAGCUGCUGCUCAUCCUCAGAGACCCCACGGAGAGGGUGCUGUCGGACUACACCCAGGUGUUUUACAACCGCCUCCAGAAGCACAAGCACUACCAGCCCGUCGAGUCCCUUCUGGUUAAGGACGGCGCGAUCAACCUGGGGUACAAGGCUCUCAAUCGCAGCCUGUACUACCUUCACAUGCAGAACUGGCUGCAGUACUUCCCGCUGGAGAACCUCCACGUGGUGGACGGGGAUGAGCUGAUCAGGGACCCUUUCCCCGAGAUGAAAAAGGUGGAGAGGUUCUUGGAGCUGGAACCUCAGAUAAACGCUUCGAAUUUCUACUUCAACAAAACAAAAGGAUUCUACUGUUUGAGAGACCACGGGCGAGAGCGGUGUUUACACGACACAAAGGGCAGGGCUCACCCCCACGUUGCGCCCGACAUCCUGCAAAAACUCUACCAGUUCUUCCAGGAACCCAAUAGGAAGUUCUUUGAGAUGGUGGGCCGAACAUUCAACUGGAAAAUGAACAUCUGACUCUCGGUAGUCACGUGGGGAUCAGUUUUCCUCACUAACGGUGUAGAUGAAGAGACAAAGCUAAUGUACAUUUAAACCAUGUCUAUUUUUGUACUAGUACGUUUGUAACCGGAGUACGAUCGAGCCAAAUAUCUGGGCAGACUGCAGCUCUCUGAUCGUGCAUGUUUUUGUAUUUUCCUUGUCAAAAGUGCAUUUUCUCUGUGUUAUAAACAGACCUACGAUGACAUUCAGACUUUAGACUGUGCCAGUUAGUGUGUUGCAUAAAUAUAAGAGCCGGGCAGUUUAAUAUUGUCAUGCCCUCACGUUUCGCUGCAUAUGAGAGGACAUUGUUGACGUUGAACUGCAUUAAGUUCUUGAAGGACCUGCUGCUAUGAUUUUCUCAGUCACUUUCGGGCAUGAGUCUGAUUUUUUCUUUUUGUUACUCAAAUGUCUCAUUGUGUAAGACUUGAUGUAAGAAAUGCUCUGCUCACAUCAUAUAUUUGCGGAUGCGGUGUACUGUAAAUAGUUUUUUUUCAAGUGAAGAAUUAAUACAGUAAAAAAUAUGUAUUUUAUUUUUAGAACGU